AAUAUCACAAUAAAGCAUUGAAAUAUUUCGAACGUAAUUUCUUGCACGAAGACGGAUUAUUUAAUAGGCCAUGGUUUAAGCAUACCGUAUUUGCAAGUGGAAGAUUCACUGGUUAUGAUGGCCAAAAUUUGCCUGGAUUAAAUGAAGCUAUAGAGGAUGGAAGUUUUGAAAGAUUCGCUGCUUGGCAAAAUAUAUUCUUUAAGACAAUCGAAAGAGUGAGCAAACGCCUUGAUUGA